AUGACACUUCCGUCAAGCUUAUGGGUUUGUGAACGUUUCUGGGCUGCAAUAUCUGCUUGUGGUGUAAAAGCAUCAAACAUAUUUCUGGGACAUAUGGGGAGAGUUCUACUCUGUGGGCCUAGUAAAGGUGGACUCUAUCAGCUCCCUACUUCAGCAUCUAUCGCUUUUGCUCUGUCCUUCGGCAGUAUUGCAUUUAUUGGCAAGAAAACAUCAGUUUGGGUCUGGCAUCAUCGGCUUGAACAUGCUUUAGUAAAAGUAGUUAGAUUGUUUCUUGGUUUGCCACCGCCAACACCAUCUCUGGGUCCCAGUUUUGAUGGCAUCAAUCUUCUUCCAAUGUGUGUAAAUCAGCAACGGGAAUUUGUUCCUGCAGCUCCGUCUUCAUCUCAGACGUCUCCUGGGACUGAUGUACCUAGAUCGGAUAGCUGCAAUGAUAAUGUUGAGAGUGAUGGACCUGUAAAGGACCUUGGUGACCUACCCUAUAUUUUGGGUAUUGAAGCUCAUAAAGAUCACACUGGACUUUAUCUUUAUCUGCGUUGGUAUAUUAUUGAUCUCCUUCAUCAUCCUGGCCUUGAUGGUGUGGAGCCUUUCUCUACUCCUAUGGCUGUAAGUACUAAACUCUCUAGACUUCAUGGAUCACCUAUCUCUGAUCCAUCUCAGUAUAGGAGUAUUAUGGGAGGGUUGCAGUAUCUUACUCUCACUUGCCCUGACAUCACUUUUGCUGUUAACAAGGCUUGUCAAUUCUUACAUAACCCCAUAGAUGAACAUUGGAUAAUAGUUAAGCGUGUUCUUCGGUAUCUCAAACAUACCCUAGAUCACACAUUAAUUUUCUCUUCUCAAUCCCCCACUCAUCUCAUUGCCUUCUCUAAUGCUGAUUGGGCUGGGCGCCUUGAUGACUGCCAGUCUACUGGUGGCUACUGUGUUUAUCUUGGUUCUUAUCUAGUGAUCAAGCCUCGUUCACUUCUUGUGGGAAGAUACCAAAAGUUUAGCGUGGUUUGGCCUUCCUGCCUUGGGGGUUGUCUUUCCUUUUUACUUCCCAAUUGCACCACUUACAAGGGUGUAACUUCUCUUGUAACAUUUGAAAUGGAGAUGAUUGAUACAGAGGCUCAAAAUCAAACCGCUGAGGUCGAAGCAGCUCCCUCCAUUUUUAAGAAAAUGAAUCGUCUGGUCACAUUGAAGUUUGAAGACGUUGUGUACAAGAUCAGCAUCAAGAAAAAAAGAUUUGAUCAUUUCAGAAGCUCCAAGUCUGAAGAGAAAGUGAUGAUACUGAAUGGAGUUUCCGGGUCAGUGUCACCAGGUGAGAUGUUAGCCUUGUUAGGCCCCUCUGGCAGUGGCAAGACAACCCUCUUAACAGCAUUGGGAGGUCGACUUGGUGGGAAGCUUGGUGGAAGUAUAACAUACAAUGGAAAGCCAUUCUCCGUCCUGGUGAAGCGGAUGACUGGAUUUGUGACCCAAGAUGAUGUGCUCUAUCCCCACCUCACUGUCACAGAAACCCUAGUUUUCACUGCUCUUCUGCGCUUACCCAACUGUCUCACCAAGGAAGAGAAAAUCACUCAUGCAGAAGUGGUGAUAUCUCAGCUUGGACUCUCUCGCUGCAAAAAUAGCAUUAUAGGGGGUCCUCUCCUUAGAGGGGUCUCAGGUGGAGAGCGCAAAAGGGUGAGUAUUGGGCAAGAAUUACUGAUCAAUCCAAGUUUGCUGCUGCUUGACGAGCCAACAUCUGGUCUAGAUUCAACGACAGCCCAGCAGAUUGUGUCCACCUUGUGGGAGCUGUCUAAAGGUGGACGAACGGUGGUUCUGACCAUACACCAACCUUCUAGCAGGCUAUUUUACAUGUUUGAUAAGGUGUUAUUGUUAUCAGAAGGUAACUCACUGUACUUUGGUAAGGGAGAAGACGCCAUGGAUUACUUCUCUAGCAUUGGGUUUGCUCCAUCUUUCCCCAUGAAUCCUUCAGAUUUCCUCUUGGAUCUUGCCAAUGGUACAUUUUCAAAUAAUAAAGAGGAAGAUCCGAUAGCUCUGAAGCAAGCUUUGGUCUCUGCUUAUAAGAAGAACAUCGUUGGAAAGUUGAAAGCAGAGAUGCAGAGUACUGAAAAUCAUUGUGUAGACAGUGCACGAGAUAGGGAAUCUCCCAAAUGGAACACAACUUGGGGAGAACAAUUCUCUGUGUUGGUCAAAAGAGGAAUGAAGGAAAGAAGACACGAGUACUUUUCUUAUCUAAAAGUGAUUCAAAUAGUGGUUGUCGCCAUACUAGCAGGACUUCUAUGGUGGCAAUCUGAUGUUACCAACAUACAGGAUCAGGUGGGGCUUCUAUUCUUUUACUCUAGCUUCUGGGGUUUCUUCCCUCUGGUUCAGGCAGUCUUCACCUUCCCACAAGAACGAAUGAUGCUUAUUAAGGAGAGAUCAUCAGGCAUGUACAGACUCUCAUCUUACUUCAUUUCCAGGACCAUAGGUGACCUUCCAAUGGAGUUAGCUCUCCCAACUGCUUUCGUGGCCAUAACCUAUUGGAUGGCAGGGUUCAAGCCAAGUGCCACCAGCUUCAUGGAAACCCUAUAUGUUGUUCUACUCAGUGUAAUGGUCUCCCAAGGCCUUGGGCUUGCUAUUGGUUCCAUUGUUAUGAACCCUAAGGCUGCCACUGUCCUUGGGUCUGUGGUCAUUAAUAUUUUCCUUCUCACUGGCGGAUACUACAUACAGAAGAUACCACCUUUCAUGGAAUGGAUUAAGUACAUAUCCAUCAGCCAUUACAACUACAAACUCUUGUUGGGUGCACAAUAUUCAGCUGAUGAGACAUAUCCUUGUGACUUCAAUGUCACCUGUAGAGUUGGAGACUUCCCUACUGUCAAGUAUGCUGGGCUUGAUCGUAAGGCCAUUUCUUAUAUUGCUUUAGGCAUUAUGUUUCUAGCUUAUAGACUCAUUGCAUAUAUUGCCCUCAUGAGGGUUGGAGUGACACGUUGA